GCAAAUGGGACAAUAAGAAGAAGAACAAGUCCUUCUGGCAGAACUUUCGCAAGACGUCACAGAAGGGAGUCAUGCGGCAGACUUCGAAAGGAGAGGACAUAGGCUACGUGGCCAGUGAGAUCACCAUGAGUGACGAAGAGCGCAUCCAGCUGAUGAUGAUGGUGAAGGAGAAGAUGAUCACUGUUGAAGAAGCUUUAGCUCGGGUAGGAACCCCCUCACCCACCCUCUUCCCUGUACCCCCUACACCCAUUCCCCACUCUCCUCUCCAGGCUCCUCCUGGGGCAGACAGGCAGGGCCUGGAGGGGACCUCCACCCCACCCACAGCCUGACCCCAGCCCCAGCUCCCCCACUGCAACGUGGUCUCGACCGGCUCCAAUCCUACCAACUCGCCCGCCUCAUCCCGCAAGCUCCAUAUCCAGCUCUCACUAAAAUGACUUACUCUUAUUAACUAUUCACAGAGCUUUCAUUAUAACCCUGCACGGCCCUUCUUCUUUGACAAAACACGCCCAUGCCACCCCCAAUCCCCUGCCUGGGGGUCACUCGCAGUGUUUAUGUGUGGUCCUGUUCACUCUGUUGGGGGUAGCUGGACAUGUUAGCUCUGUAGCCCUGUAGUCCUGUAGAACUAGGUCUCUCUUUAAGGCAGACGUUG